AUGCAUCUCUUUGCAAGUCUGUGUAUUGCACUUAGCUUAUUGGAGAGAGUGAGCUGUUUAUGUCCUUCACAGUGCACCUGUGAUUAUCACGGCAGAAAUGAUGGCCUGGGAUCAAGGGCGGUGCUAUGUAAUGACCUUGAUAUGAAUGAAGUACCUACAAACUUUCCCGUGGACACUGUGAAACUUCGCAUAGAAAAGACCGUUAUCCGUAGGAUCCCCGCCGAGGCCUUCUACUACCUGAUGGAACUCCAGUACCUCUGGCUGACUUACAAUUCUGUGGCCAGCCUUGACAUCAGCAGCUUUUACAACUUAAAGCAUCUACAUGAGUUGCGCUUAGAUGGAAAUUCUCUGACGGCUUUCCCUUGGACAUCUCUGAGGGACAUGCCCCGUCUGAGGACCCUGGAUUUGCACAAUAACAGAAUAACCAGUGUGCCAAAGGAGGCAGUCAGGUACCUGAAGAACCUUGCCUACUUGGAUUUAUCAAGCAACAGAUUAACCACACUGCCACCAGAUUUCCUGGAAAGCUGGUCCCACUUAGGGACAGCAUCAUCCAGAAGCCUGGACCUUCCACCAAGAAGAAUUAUUCUCGGUCUGCAGGACAACCCAUGGUUCUGUGACUGUCACAUUUCCAAAAUAAUGUCAUUGUCAAAAGUCGCUGACCCUGCAAUAGUACUUCUUGAUCCGAUGAUGGUGUGUAGUGAACCGGAACGCCUCACGGGGAUUUUGUUUCAGCGGGCUGAGCUGGAGCAGUGUCUGAAGCCAUCAGUGAUGACCUCGGCUACCCAGAUCACAUCUGCUCUGGGCAGCAAUGUCCUGCUGCGGUGUGAUGCCACUGGCUACCCCACCCCUCAGCUCACAUGGACCAGACCAGAUAGUUCACCAGUCAAUUAUACAGUAAUUCAGGAAUCUCCAGGGGAGGGAGUCAGAUGGUCCAUAAUAAGCUUGACGGGCAUUUCUUACAUGGAUGCUGGGGAUUACAAAUGUAAGGCCAAAAACUUGGCUGGGAUGUCAGAAGCUGUGGUCACUGUGACAGUGGCCGGUGAUGUCACAGCCACUGUCUCAUCAGAUGAUUCUGAAAGAAGAACUGGGGAUCACCCUGAACAAGAGGUCCAGCCGGGAUCUAGAGGCCCUGCGCCUCUGCCUGGUUCAUCAUCGUCUCCCUGGCCUUAUUCCUCCUCUUCCACUUUUCCUCCUACUUCAACUUCAUCUCCUCCCUCCACUGCUUCCUUCUCCUUGUCUCCUUUCUUCUCCUCCACUGCUUCUUCAGCUACAACUCCAAGCACUAGAAUAUCCACAAGCACCACCACGGCUAGCCGACAGUCGCUCAGCCCAGAUGGGAAAAGAAGUGCUAAGGCAGAGAUGGGUGGCGGGAAGCUUCCCUCAGUGAGCGCAAGUAGAAGAGAAGAGUUGGCACUGUUGGAUCGAGCCCUGCGGAGGGAAGCGAAUGCCACAAUAGAAAACCUCCAGGUGGUCAGCGAAACAGGAGAAAGUGUGGUUUUGACAUGGGACACCGUUAACACCACCCAGAACUCGGAAGUGACCGUGUUUUAUUCCAAAUAUGGUGAGAAGGACCUGCUGCUGCUUAAUGUGAACUCCAGCAAGAACCGAGUCACCAUAAAUGGCUUGCUGCCUGGUUGGCAGUAUAUAGCAUGUGUCUGUCCAAAGGGAAUGCCUCCCCAGAAAGACCAGUGUAUCACCUUUUCUACUGACAGAGCUGAAGAAGGAGAUUCUCAAGAGUCUUUCCUGAUGGUGGUGAGUGGUGCUGCCUGCGUUGCUGUCUUGCCGUUGAUUUUUUUCCUGUUGUACAAAGUUUGCAAACUUCAGUGUAAGCCAGACUCCCUCUGGGAAGAUGAUUUGGCAAAAGAGACUUAUAUCCAGUUUGAAACGCUGUCCCCCAGGUCUCAAAGUGUAGGGGAACUGUGGACGCGAAGGCCCAGAGCCGAAUCAGAAAAACUGCUGCUUUGCUCUAGGUCAAGUGUGGAGUCUCCUGACUAUUAA